AUCAUUACAAUGUCUGCUCUCUUCUCGACGUCGAGUUGUAGUAUAGUGUUGGUUCUACCUCCGUGCCAGUAAAGCUCACGAAGGCUCGUAGUUCUAGUAGCUUAUAGGUUGGAGUGUGCUUGCGCGUUAAGCAGCGGUGUCAAAGUUCAAUGGUACACAAAAUUGCAAAACGACAGGUGCAUAUUGAUAAUUAAAAGAGCAGGGAAUGCAGCGGUGUUGAGGAAAUCAGCAACUGGACAUCGACUAGAUCUUUAAGAAAGCUCGUGAAAGCUUCCAUUGUUCAUCCGAGCGGACUAGGGUAUAAGGAUUAGUAGAGGAGACUCAAUUGGAGGCUACAAACAGCGUUUGUAAACAAAGAAGAUGGCCGUAGAGAGCAUCGUGAGCGGGAACACGAAGCCCUUGAUACCGCUGUUUAGCAAGAGGACCGACUGCAUUUAUACGAGUUGCUUCUGCGAGGAAAAUGUUUGGAAGCUUUGUCAGGAGAUUGCAACUAAACAUGGAUCAGAACUUCAACAUUGUCAUGUAGCUUUUAUAAGCAAUCCUGGCCGUAGUGUACCUUUAUGGAGACAGAGAUCUGGCAAAGAAGAAGAGAAAAUAGUUAUUUGGGACUAUCAUGUCAUAUUAAUUUAUGCUCCGGAUGAAAGAGCAGUUGUCUAUGAUCUGGACAGUGAAUUGCCUUUUCCAACGUAUUUUUGGAAAUAUGCAACAGAAACCUUCAGAAGAGAUGAGGCUCUGCCUCCAGAAUGGCACAGAAUGUUUAGAUUAAUAUCAGCUAGUGAUUAUCUGAAAUAUUUUGCUUCAAACAGACAGCACAUGAAAAGAAAAGAUGGUACAUGGAUUAAAACUCCUCCUGAUUACAGUCCCAUUUGCACCCCAACUUGUACUGACAAUUUGGAUUCCUUCAUUGACAUGAGUCCUAAUCAAGGAUAUGGUACUAUAAUGACUCUAAAACAGUUAUUUGAUCGCUUUUAUAGACCAAGUGUUACUCCAAUAUCUCAAGUGCAAGCACAAACGCAAGCUGCCCAAAAUGAUGGUCUUCGCAAUCGCACAGGAUUGCCUAGCGCAUUAGUGUGAGAGCAAGAUACCGAACAACCAAUGAUGCCGUAAUAUGCGAUGAGUUAGAGCUGAGGCAAAUUAUAAACCUAUUUAAAGCUAUUUUACAUACG